UCACGAUUUACCUUUUGACAUUUUCAUUUUCAAGUUGUUAAAUAGCUGAAAUUUGUUUAUUUUAAUUUUCACCUGUGAUGUGCAAAAAUAAAAAUUGAGAUUACAAUGAGUCUGGAGCAGGGUGAACAUUUGUUGGCGUUGAAAGUGAUGCGGCUGACCAGGCCUACACUCAUCGGCCCACAGGUGAUUUCCUGCGAGAAUCGUGAUUUGCCUCAACAAACCUUUCGUCGCCGCAUGUUGGAACACGAAAGUACCACUGUUGCUGGUGCGGAAACGCUAGCAGCGGGACAAUUUAUGCUACUGCCACAAUCAUUUGGCUCCAUAUAUUUGGGUGAAACAUUUGCCAGCUACAUUUGUGUGCACAACUGCACCACGUAUUCCGUGGAAGGGGUUACAGUAAAGGCGGAUCUACAGUCAAACACUACGCGCAUCAAUCUGCCUAUGAAUGAGAAGCAGACAACGACAACACUUUCGCCCGAUCAAACUUUGGACGACGUAAUACGCUAUGAGGUGAAAGAGAUAGGCACGCAUAUUUUAGUCUGUGAAGUAAAUUACACCACGCCCGCUGGAUUCCCACAAUCGUUUCGCAAAUUCUUCAAAUUUCAAGUACUCAAGCCACUUGAUGUAAAAACCAAAUUUUAUAAUGCAGAGAUGGAUGAGAUAUACUUGGAAGCGCAAAUACAAAAUAUUACCACUGGACCUUUUUGUCUAGAAAAGGUCGAAUUGGACAGCUCCGAGUACUAUACCGUGACACCACUUAACACGCUGUCCAACGGCGAGUCAGUGUUCUCCUCAAAAAACAUGCUGCAGCCAAAUAAUAGCUGCCAGUUUCUAUAUUGCAUUAAGCCUAAAGCGGAAAUCGCAAAAGAUAUUAAAGCUUUAAGGCAAGCAAAUACGGUGGGUAAAUUAGACAUUGUAUGGCGUUCGAAUCUUGGUGAGAAGGGGCGUUUGCAGACCAGUCAGCUGCAACGUUUGCCAUUCGAAUACAAAGAUGUGCGGCUUGAGGUUAUCAAUGCACAAAAUAUUGUGAAAAUAGGUGAACCGUUCACAUUUAUGUGCCGCGUUACAAACACUGCCGAGCGCUUAAUGGAUUUGAUGGUCAAAUUAGAAACACAACUUGAAUUCGGAUGCGAUUAUAGUGGGGCAGCUGAGUUUUCGAUUGGUAAAUUAGCGCCAGGAGAGCAGCGUGAAUUUCCACUUACAGUAUGCCCAGCGCGCUUAGGUCUUGUAAAAAUUAGUCCACUAUUCCUUACAAAUGUGCAGCAACAGGAACAGUAUAUAAUCGAAAAGGUGGUUGAUGUGUUCGUCGUCGAUUCUGAUUAUCACGAAGAUGAAGCAUUCCAAGUAAACAAAUUUGUGCGCUACGAUAAUGCGCUAUCAGCACAAACAGAGGAACGCACACUUCAGCUACAAGUGGUCUGAAGGAGUUUAAGGGAAAAUGUUAGGGCAAUUAGUGUAUACAGAUGAAUAUUCAAGUGAAGUUAUGGAACGACAUUUGACAAUUUUUAAAUCUAAGUUAUCGUCACUACCGAACCAUUGUAAUAGUUUAAAUGUAAUAGUACUUCUGUAUAUGUACUUAC